AUGGGUGGCCGGCCACCUCAUUUUGGUCGAGCCACCCUCAUUUUCACUUUUCAAUUGGCUCGUAAAGGGAUUAAUCUGAUCUUGGUGGGUCGGAAUCCGGACAAGCUCAAAGAUGUUUCAGAUUCGAUUCAAGCCAAGUACGGUAAGACCCAGAUCAAAACCGUUGUUUUGGACUUUGCUAGUGAUCUUUCUGGGGAUGUUUGCCGCCGCAUAAGGAAAGAAGGAAGUGAACACGGACUUGAUGGCGGAGAUGAGCUUGACGGGUCGGCCAUAGAAGUCGUGGUAGACACUGAAGGUGAUGGAGCUGAUGGAAGCCCAAGAGACCAAUUUUCUAUUGCUGGCCAUCUUUUUGCUGCGAUCACUUCGUUUAUUGAAUUAGACCAUCUGUUCAAGUCUUGCUCGCUAUACUUCGCAAGUGAGAGUUAUGCUGGGAAGUUCGUUCCAGCAAUUGGGUACCAUAUUUUGAAGGCGAAUGCUUACUUGCCGGCGUCAAAGCGGGUGAACUUGGUCGACGUCGCUAUAGGGAACAGGUUGAUGGAUUCGGUGAACCAGGUUUCUACUCACACUGUGAAUGCUUACUACUCUGGUUUGAUCAAUGAGAGGCAGAGAGAUGAGUUGGAGAAAUUGCAGAGGGAGGCAAUUAAUCUAACCAAAAUGGGCAAGUGGAGAGAGGCAACAAACGCAAGAAGCCACGUUCUGAGUAUGUUGCAAAGAAUGACAGGGCUGGCGACAUUGCAUGAUCUUAGCAAGAAAGAUCACCCGUACGAAACGGAAAUAGUUUUUGAUUUUUUAAGGAAAGGAGACGUGAAGAAGGCUUUGGGAGUGAAGGAAAAGUUGGUUCAAGACGUGUGCAGCGAUGAUGUGGCGGCUGCUCUGCACGACAAUUUCAUGAAGAGUGUGAAGUUCAUGGUGGAAUUUUUGGUGAAGAGGAGCAAGGUUUUGCUGUAUGAAGGGCAUCUGGAUAUGAGGGAUAGUGUGGUUUCAACGGAGGCAUGGGUGAAGACCGUCCGAUGGGAGAUCAAGAGGUGCGAUGACUGCGGUCGACAGUCGUACGCUGCGGGGAGUGAGAUGGGUCCGAUGGGAGAGAGGUGUAGUCGACGGUCGUGCGAUGCGGCUGACGGCUAUGUUGAGGACUUGAGGGCUGGGUGA